AUGAAGUAUCUGAAAGCCUCUCUGUUUCUCACUGGACUCGCUGGAUCUCUGGUCCAGUCACAGGGAUUCUCCACUGAGUGCACGGAUAUCAGUCUGAUCGACUCUUGGUUGGUCGGAACCUGUCCUACAGAUGAUGGCACGGGCGAGAUCCAAAGCAGUGUUUAUCUUGUGAAUAAGAUCGAAAAUACCCAGGGAAAGCUUGCGUGGAAAACUGAUGGCUCGUACUCUUCUUCGUGUGAUGACUGUGAGCUCAUCGACAGUGGAUCUACACUGCAAUGCUACUGCGAUGGCACCUAUUCAUCCGAAGAUGGAACCACCACCUUGAGCCUAGAGACAUACAUUGCCAACUAUGACGGCCACUUGUUGUCCAACUUCACAGGCGCCAUCACUUCAGUUCCCUCCAACUCCUCCUAUCCUGUCCCAACCAGUUUCGAAGUCGAACUGGAGUUGAGCGGCGAAAACAACACUUGCUCUGCCAUUGGUGCUUAUCUUACCAUCAACGAUCCCACAGACUGCUAUUAUCUCAACCUUGGGGUAGAGUACACCUGGGCCUGCGGUACAUCGGUCGAUAACGAGGGCUGGGAGAUUGUGGGCUUCGCGACCGAGGACUGCUCUGGCGACGCAGUGGCUACUUUUACAGAGGCUAAUGUCGAUACCUGUUUGACAUUCUCAACUGGUGUACAGGGAUUUUCAAUCACUCCUCUGUGGAACUGGGAUUAG